UAUUAAUUUUAGACGACAACACAAGUUUUUACGUUUCAAAUGUAUAUAUGAUAGUGGUAAUAAUAAUGAAUCAUUAACCAAAACAUUCGUUUUUUCGUUAUGUGUUGGCAGAUAGUGAUUGAAAGAAAAUAUCAGUCUCGAAGGUCGUGACGUUAAACGUGUAUGCUUGUUGUAUAACUAUGACUGCGACUUGUCGGAGUAAAAUAUUAUGACUGUUCGGUUACUGAAUAAUAAAUCAGUCAUUAUAUCGUUUCAAGAUGGCCAAUUGGACUGCUUUCACUUCCGACAGCUCACCCAAGGUCCCAAAUCGUCCCGCUCCCCCGCCACCCAAAGUCAACAAGCCUUUAACUCAAUCGAGAUUAGCAAAAGUACUAUCAUUGAAACAGUCAAAAUCACUCAAUGGUUUUCAACAACCUGUAAAGAAGAAACCUCCACCUAGACCACCUCCCCCUAAAUUUGCACAAGCACCUAAAAGUCAAGGAAAAGCUGGUUUGUCAUCUUUAAUUGGAUUUAAAACCAAGCAUACGGUUCCAACACCCUCUUGGGUUGCAAAACCCAAUGAAAUACCUAAGUCUUCAAGUACUUCUCAGAUGGUGGGUUGUCUUAUAGACUUUGGUUCACCUCAAACAUCUCCUACGUCUACUCAUAAGUCUAGUAGUGAUGGAAAUAGUGUUGAUAGCUUUAACAGUGAUUUUGGGCCAUGGAAAGGUUCUCAAGCUGAAAGCAGUGGUUUUGAAGAUGAUUUUGAUUUAUUAUGUUCAAAUGCAGAUAUGGAUUAUUUCAAAAACCGCUUUUCAAUUGAAAAUUCAUUACCACCACCUACGUUACCUCCCCCAAUGUUACCACCAGAUGCCCUAAAUGUAUUAUUAAAUGGUCCUAAAUUACCUCCAAGGCCAAAUGAGAUGCAAACUCAGCUAUCAAAAUCACAAUCUAAGUGUAUUGCUCAAUUUGAUUACAUGUCUGGUCAUGUAGAUGAUCUGGCCUUUAAGAAAGGAGAUGAAAUUUUCAUAACACGAUGUGUUAACGAUGAAUGGUUAGAAGGUACAUUAAAUGAGCGCACUGGAAUGUUUCCCAUUAGUUACGUUGAAGUAACUGAACCAUUACCCAAGGAAUCUCCAACCAAUCAAGAAAUCCGCAAAGUAAUAGCUGUGUUUGCAUUUAAACCAGAAUGCUGGGAAGAUCUAACUAUACAAGAAGGCGAUCAAAUUCAAGUAUUAAGAAGAAUCGAUGAAAAUUGGUUAUACGGGGAAUGUAAUGGAUCUAAAGGUCAGUUUCCAUCAAAUUUUGUCACUGAACUACCUGAUGAUUUAUAACAAGCGUAUUGUGAUAUUAAAAUAAAAUACAUAAAUAUAUUUACCAAAUUUUUUAAUUUUAAUACCUAUUUUUUUUAAUUUUAUAUAUUUAGUAAAGCAUAAUAUACUAAAUAUUAAUGAGCAUAUAUGAAAUCAAAAUGUAAAUGAUCAAUCUUUAAUGCUCAAUUUAUAUAACAAACAGGGUAUUAUUAUCCAUUACUUAUUCAUUAACUUUGCUUAAUUUGUUAUACCGAUAUUUUUUUAUAUUGUUAUGGUAUUCAUAUUCAUAUUUCAAUUAAAAUGUAUAUUGUAAUUAUGUUGAUAUUUAGGUUAUAUAUUUGUGUCCAUAAUAAGCCUAAAUGCCAUUAUUAGUUGAAUUAUACACAUUAUUUUUUUUAUAUAAAUGUAUUAUAUUAUAAUAUUCUCUGAGAGUUAUGUUUUACAGUUAUUAUUAAAUUAUUCAUUUUAAAUUUAAAUAAACACUUAUAUUAUUAUGAA